AACCUAAGAAACUAAGAAGCUUCUGAAAAAACAGUGUCCGCUCCCUAAUCUCUCUCUUCCUUGCUCGCAAAGCAAGUCAAUGGCCUAGUGAUCCCAGAACUAUGCUCCUGCAGUGAAAUUGUGCUUCACAGUAUCAAAAUUCAGUGAGGAAUUUGACUCCAGAAUGCCAGCAAGCAGGCAAUUUUCUCGGAUAGACACUUCAGAACUGAAAGAUCAGAUUGUGAGGAGGGUUGGGGGCCCAAAAGCGGAUAAAUAUUUCAAUCUUCUCACAAGAUACUUGAGUCUCAAGAUUCACAAACAUGAUUUUGACAGGCUCUGCAUUGAAACAAUAGGGAAAGAAAAUGUCUGUCUUCAUAAUCAUCUCAUCCGUUCCAUACUGAGAAAUGCAAGCCUCUCAAAGACUCCCCCAUCAAGAAAAAGCAGCUUUGGUUCUCUUAAUGUAAAAGUGGCAAAUGGAUAUCAAAAAAGUAGUCUUCAAUUGUUAGGCAGAGACUUCCCCAGAUCGCCUAAAAAAGAGAGGACUCCAAAUCUCCGUGAUCGGAGGGCAAAGAAUCGCUUAACCAGUUCUGAGGCUCCUAUUGCGAAGAUUCAAGUACAAGAAAGGGCAACUGAGCUGCUUUCUUUGGGUGGCAGGCCCCCAGGCUCAGACGAAGACGGGGAAGAGGUUGAUCAGGCUGCUGACAGUCCAAGCAUCCACUGUAUAAGACCUCUUUCUGCUCCUCUUGGAAUCCCACUAAACACCGGAAGGGCAAAAAAACUGUUAAUAAAAGGAUCAGCCCCUGCUAGUUACAACGAGACUUGUCUGGACAGCGGUGAGUUACCUGAUACUAGUUCUUUAAGGAAGAGGUUGAAGCAAAAGCUGGAAAUGGAGGGAAUGGAAAUGUCCGAGGAUUGUGCCAACUUGUUGAAUAAUGGUCUUGAUGCUUUCUUAAAGAGAUUAAUAAAGCCUUGUUUGGAAUUAGCUGGUUCAAGGUGUCCGGACAAACACAUAGAUAGAGAACAUAGCCAUGACAUGAGAAACUUACAAAGACCAAGCAGGCCUUAUUCAGCAUCUGUACUAGACUUCCGGACUGCACUUGAUUUGAACCCUCAAUUACUUGGAGAAGAUUGGCCAACAAAACUUGAGAAGGUAUGCUUGCAUGCAUAGAAGACAACUGAAACACUACUACAUGUUUUGGUUCAAACCGUAAGGUUAUGCUUAUUAUGUCGAACACAUUCUAGCACUGAUCCUGACAUUGUUGUUCCGGUAACCACCUCCACAGUACAUAAGUAGAUUGGAUGGAAAAUUUUGGGUUGAAGGCGUUAGA